AUGGGUAGAGUCGACAAGGACCCAGUCACGACCGCUGGCUUCACUGUCCCGAACGCCACCUUGGGCACCAUUGAGCAUGCGCACCAUCGCGCCCGCCGUGAGGUCCUCAGUCCCUACUUCUCAAAGCGGGCCGUUGUGGGGCUCGAGCCUGUGACGAAUAGCCUCAUCGCCAGACUCGUCAGCCGAUUUGCUGACUAUGCCGACGCUGGGGAGGCGGUCGAUCUUGAUGCAGCAUUUGCGGCUCUCACAGGCGACAUUAUCUCGACAUAUGUGUUUGGAUUUUCCUGGAAGUUUCUCAACGUCGAAAAUUUCAAGUUUCCGCAGCGCGACGGCAUUCUCGGCUUGAUUAACUGGUACCACUGGUCCACGUUUGUGCCGCAGGCGGCCAGGAUACUGCGGCAAUUCCCCUUACCUAUUCCCCAAAUCAUCCAUCCGGGAAUUGCUUCGAUGGAGACGGCUCGCCUUGAAGUCAGACACCAGCUGGCAGGAGCUGUGAAGGGACGCCCGAGGCAGGAAAACAAGCCGGAAACAAACACAGGGUUAGAGACAUUGGAUGGCGAGGCUGCCAUAGUCUCUGCCCUACACAACGGUACUCUACCUCCCGAAGAAAGGACGAUUGACCGGAUGACCGACGAGGGCAUGACUUUGAUUUUCGCCGGCACAGAAACGACUGGACGAACAUUGGCAGUGACAAUGUUUCAUGUCCUGAACAACCGAGAGUACUGGGAACGUUUGCGCAAGGAGCUGGCUGAUGCUGUUCCAGAGUGUCUAGGCCAGAAUUAUCAAUUCUCCAUAACCGAGAUAAACCAGUUGCCCUUUCUAGCAUAG